UUUUUGAGACUAGUGACAUCUAUUGGUUACCCACUUCGUUCUGUGUUAUGAAAGGACUGAUUAGUAGUUUCUCUUCAUUAUCAAUUAAUCAACUUCUAUCAAUACAAUUGAAAACAAUUUACAAUCAAAAGGUACAUACAAAGAUGGCAAAUUCUGCUGUUGAUAAAAUUUGUUCGAGAAAAACUCAAGAAGUGAUAAUCAAUUCAUGGGAAAAAAUUUCUCCUUAUGGAUACUCCCUGAUGGUGGGUUUUAUUGCCACUUCCAAGGCAGAACUGGUUCGAGCCCUUUUUACCGGUAUUGUCACUUAUACUCCGAGACUGAUCCGGGCUUUUACCACCGGUGGAUUGGGUGCACUAAUCUCAGAAUUUAAAAUAGCUUUCAUUGCUGUUCUAAAGAUUUUGACAGAUAAAAUGUUCAACCAAUUGAAAUCGAAGGUCAGUUCUGUCUCUGGAAAAGCCUUGGACUCGCAAAAGUCAAAAUUGAUUCAAGUUAUUGAAGAUCCGAAUUUUCUGAUGGCCAUUGAUACCGCGAUGAAGUUGCUUACUUUCAUUUAAUACUCAUGGAAAUGUUCAAACGAAUCGAAAGUUAGUUCGACGAAAAUCAAAAUCUCAGAGAUUCUUUGAGUGCUCAUCAAUUCCUCUUCGCGAUUUUAUGAGUCAUCUUUAAUCAACAUAAUCUUAACUCUAAAAUGUGAUAAAUCAAUUUUUUUAUGGAGAGGAUUUAAUCGGAUCAUCUGAUUAUUUGAUUGAUUCGGUGUGAAAAUCAAUCACAACGAGAUUAUUAUUAAAUGAAAUCAAAACUAA